AUGUCUCGCGCAACCCCAGACGACCAGCUGAGAUUCCUCUUGAGCUGCGUCAAGCAUGCCACCAAUGGAAGGGUUGACUUUGUGGAAGUUGCCAAAGAAUGUGGUGUAGUCAGCAAAGGAGCGGCAGCCAAACGAUACGAAAGACUCAUGAAGGCGAAUGGCAUCAGUCCCACCACCAGUUCUGUAACAAGCUCAAAUCCCAAGCCCACACAGUCCAAGCAAAAGGCGAAGUAUUCAGAUGAGAAGCCUUCGGCGGGGAAGAAACCAAAGCUCGACAGAAGAAGCCCGGCGUACACAUUGAAGAGAGUCGAAGACAGUCCCAGGUCGACCACAGUGAUCACAGCAAAUCCACGGUGCGAUGGGUUUGAAUCAACGCCAGCAAAGUCAGAAGCAGUCAAUCACUCUGCAAGACAUACUCUUUCAGGUCCAGCUGGCAUGCCACAGCCGACUAUGGGCGCUACCAUGUUUGCUCCCGGCUUUCCAGUGAUUCAAGGCAUCUCAAUGUCGGCACGGCAACGAGCGGCGCUUACUGGGCUGCCCCCAAUUGCGUGUAGUGCUGGCCAUCAACUGGUACCAGAUGUCCCUAUCUAUCCUCAUUUUCCGCCAGCAUUCAGAGAUCCGUGGUCCUUCACAGGUCAGGGAAAUGGAAGUCCUGCCACGGGCUUCGAGGUGUAUAGCAACCGAGACUCUGCCAGCCAUCACAGUCAGGGCAUCCAGCCUCCGUUAUCAGGCGAAGGAAUGUUGAUGAAACUCCCUCCUCAGCCACAGGAGAUUGUGCCGAUUCAGACACCAAAAGAACAUCAAAAAGAAGGAGACGGUGCCUCGAAGUCCAAAGAUCAUGUUGUCAUCGUGGAGUGA